AACAAGUGAACAGACGAUAUCCAAUUAUCCACCGUUCAAAAAAAAAAACACAGCGACAGCGUACUUGUUUACCAGUUCGUGUUCACAACAAAUUUGUAUUCGCAAGAAAACAAAAAACGAAUUUAAACCAAGAUAGGAUUCUCAUCGAUUCACCAUGCUGCGGAAGUCAUUCUCUCAUGUAUUAAAUGUUCACAAGAAAUCAGGAAAUAGGUGGAGUAAAACCAUACUGGCUCGCCUUAACACUAAACCAGAAGAAAUAGAAGACAUGCAAAAUUCUCUUGGUCAACAAGUUUGGGAGGAUUCUCUACGGAAGUUUCAAGAUUUGGGUUUCUCUUUGAAGCAAACUACAAAAAUGCUUCUUGACAAUCCACUGUUACCAAGCUAUCAGACUGAUAAGCUAUGCCACAGCUUUGACGUGUUGAAAUCUGUUGGUUUUAAAACCGAAGAAAUUAAAGAAGUUCUUGUUCAGGAACCCAAAAUCUUUGAUCGUGAUCCUCGAAUAUUGAAGAAGAACCAUUUAAAUUUAACAAAGCAGUUAGGCGACCAUCAAGGAAGAAUUGCAGCACUUGCUGCACCCAACACCUUGAUUGACAACAGUUUAAUCACUAACCAAAAAAUUGACUAUUGCAUUAUGGAGAUGUUGAUCAACAAACCUACUAUUGCCAAAUCAAAAAUUCUCAAGUGCCCUUACAUCUUGAUUAAGACCCGGCAUAAGUUUGCCUAUAGGUCAGGCUUCUAUAAGAAAAUCGAUCCAAAGAACAAAGAAGGAUUGGCAAAUAAUCCAAGUAUUCCUGACCUAUUUUUUUCUUCUGACAAAAUUUUUCUGUCCCAAUUCAAAGGCUUUAGUCUUGAAGACUAUGUCGUUUUCGAAGAGAUGAUGAUGAGUGAAGAAGAUAGUUUCAAUGAUGAAGAUGAGAAGGCCGAUGACAAAGACGACCAGACAGAUGAAGAUUCAGAUGAUGAAAAUGUUUCAAAAGGAAAAAAAAACUACUCUCGUCGCAAAUAAUUUUGUUCAUAGCAUAGAACUUUUCAAAUUAAGGAUUAAAUACAACAUUGGUAACCACUAACCAGCAAAAAAGCUUGGGUGUGUUGUAUUAAACAGUAGUUUCAGACGAACAAAGCUGAACAAUUUUGAAACAAAGACUGGCGAACUAUUUUUAAAAAAUGGAAUGCAAAAAAUGUUUAGCCUACCCCAAAAAUUCGGAAUUUCAACAACAGUGGGCGAACGACUUCUUCACAAUUAAGUUUUUAAUUCAACGAAUUAGGAUUCGAUAUUCUACUGCUUGCCAUUGUUCAAAUCUGCGAAAAAAGAACAAGUUGAUUAUUGAUACAGCUGUCUAUUAAGUAUAAAAUUUUUUACUAAUGGGAUUUAGAAGUUGAUUUAUCCGAUCGUUUGGCUUUGGUUUCAGUAAUUUUUUUAUGUUUCUUUUGCUGAUGGUGGCGGGGUGUAUACUUCUUUCCUGGUUUUGUUGGGCGAUUUAACUUGGUUUUUUUCGUUGUCCUUAAUUGAGAAUGGUGGGUAGGAGUGAGCGUCGGGCCAGUAUGGUGAGUCGUAGUGGACACCUUACGCUCUGCCGGAACUGGACUUUUGGUCGAGGUUUUACGGCUACUGGUAGUUGCUGUAGCUGGAGUAGAACGAACUGCCCUCGGAUGCCGACCAGCUACUUCGAAUCCUUCUUCCGCUAAAAAUCAAUUAAUUUACCCAAUGAUGCUGGCAGUGGAUGCAGUGACUCUUCCAUUGGCCAUAGGAGAACAGGUACGAUGCAAAGCAAAAAAAGUGUUCCGAUGCAUACA